AUGCGGCCCGCCCAGACUGAGCUCUGGCUGAGCCUGACCUUGGCCCUGGCCCAGGCCCUAGUCGGUCCCUUGCCAAUUGGAUGGGCCUCAGCUCGGACCCCCAUUUAUGUCAGCAGCUGGGCCGUGCGGGUGACCCAGGGUUACCGCGAGGCGGAGCGCCUGGCACGCAAAUUCGGCUUCGUCAAUCUGGGACAGAUCUUCCCUGAUGGGCAGUACUUCCACCUUCGGCACCGGGGCGUGGUCCAGCAGUCCCUGACCCCACAUUGGGGCCAUCGCCUGCGUCUGAAGAAAGACCCCAAGGUGCAAUGGUUUGAGCAGCAGACGCUGCAGCGGCGGGUGAAACGCUCCUUGAUGGUGCCCACGGACCCCUGGUUCUUCAAGCAGUGGUACAUGAAUGACGAGAUGCAGCCAGACCUGAACAUCCUGCAGGUCUGGAGCCAGGGUCUGACAGGCCAAGGUAUCGUGGUCUCUGUUCUGGAUGAUGGCAUUGAGAAGGACCACCCGGACCUCUGGGCCAAUUAUGACCCCCUGGCCAGUUACGACUUCAAUGACUACGAUCCGGAUCCCCAACCUCGCUAUACUCCCAGUGAUGAGAACCGGCACGGAACUCGCUGUGCUGGGGAAGUGGCUGCCACAGCUAACAACGGCUUCUGCGGCAUUGGGGUGGCCUUCAAUGCCCGAAUCGGAGGUGUGCGCAUGCUGGAUGGUACCAUCACCGAUGUUGUGGAGGCACAGUCCCUCGGCCUGCAGCCGCAGCACAUCCACAUCUACAGUGCCAGCUGGGGCCCCGAAGACGAUGGCCGAACCGUGGACGGCCCGGGUAUCCUCACCCGGGAGGCCUUCCGACGAGGCGUGACCAAGGGCCGUGGUGGGCUGGGCACACUCUUCGUCUGGGCCUCGGGCAACGGUGGCCUCCAUUACGACAAUUGCAACUGUGACGGAUACACCAAUAGCAUCUACACCCUGUCUGUGGGCAGUGUCACAAAGCAGGGCCGUGUGCCCUGGUACAGUGAAGCCUGCGCCUCCACCUUGACUACCACCUUCAGUAGUGGUGUGGCCACCGAUCCACAGAUCGUCACCACAGACCUACACCACCAGUGCACGGACAAGCACACAGGUACCUCAGCCUCAGCCCCGCUGGCCGCAGGCAUGAUCGCCCUGGCUCUGGAGGCCAACCCACUCCUGACCUGGAGGGACAUGCAGCAUCUGGUGGUCCGAGCAUCCAAGCCUGCACAGCUGGAGGCAAAGGACUGGAGGAUCAAUGGCGUGGGGCGCCAAGUAAGCCACCACUAUGGCUAUGGGCUGCUGGAUGCUGGGCUGCUGGUGGACCUGGCUCGCACGUGGCUGCCUACACAGCCGCAGAAGAAAUGCGCCAUCCCUGUGCACACCCCCAUCACCAUCCUGCCACUGAUGCAAGUGGGAAAGAAUGUGUCAGCCUGCGCUGGCCGGCGCAACCACAUCCGCUCACUGGAGCACGUACAGGUGCAGCUCUCAUUGUCCUACAGCCGUCGUGGGGACCUGGAGAUCUCGCUCACCAGUCCCAUGGGCACCCACUCCACACUUGUGGCCAUCAGACCCUUGGAUAUCAGCAGCCAAGGCUACAACAAUUGGAUCUUUAUGUCCACCCACUACUGGGAUGAGGCCCCUCAGGGCUUAUGGACCUUGGGCCUGGAGAACAAGGGCUACUAUUUCAACACUGGGACACUGUACCGCUACACACUGCUGCUCUACGGGACAGCUGAGGACAUGACAACUCGGCCCAUGGCCCCCAGGUGACCAGCAGCGCGUGUGUGCAGCAGGACACAGAGGGGCUGUGCCAGGAAUGCGACAGGCCUACCUAUAUCCUAGGUCCUCUCUGCCUUUCCUACUGCCCGCUGAGGUACUUCAACUGCGCCCAGCAGGCGG